CCAGUUGUGGAGUUGUGUUUCAUCUGCAUUUGUUUGUUGGCGGCAUUACUGCAAAACUACCAGAAGCGUUAACAGAAACAAAUGGUGGAGGAAUGUGGUAUGGGUCAGGAGAAAAUCAAAGCAUUUUGUAGGGAUCAAAAUUUUCUUUCGAUUUUGACAUUGUUAGAAAUUGCCAGAUAACUAAUUCCAAAAAUCUGGCAUAUUAAGAGGACUGAUAUCAAUGAGUGUGUGUAAUUUGGAGAAGCUUGACUGAAUCUAAGGGGGCUGUUGGGCCUUAUUUGGCUGAGGUAUGGGCACGUUUAAGUACCACACUAGUUUUGCCAACGUUUGCACUUUUAACGUGCCCUAGUUGCAGUGAUACCUUUGAGCCACAGAGGGGCGCUGUGCACCACUCUUCCACUGCAAGGCGUUGCCUGUGCGGAUCUGAGAGCAGCAGAGUGGAGCCUGCACUAAGCAGCGCGCAGUCACACUGAAGUGAAUGUACACACUAAAUAAUGAUGCUUGACCAACACGGAAUAAACUGUUUGCUACACACUCUAACCAAUGCUUAUCCUCCAAGACGACACGCAGACACCAUGGCGACCGCCUGGUUGUGGAAGGACUCUGCAGCUCUAAUCUUCAAUACAGUAGCACAUAAACACCUUUGUUGAUCGAGUGUAUUACCAACAAGCUGCUUUUUUAAAACAUGGAAUAAAACUUUCCCUCACUUCGGUCGUAUUACAAAUUGUUUGCCAGUACUGGAAAACACAACAUAGCUGGUUUCCAGGAAUCGUUUUAAAAUGAGCUGUAGUUUGAUUGAAAAAAUAAAAAACAAUAAUAAUAAUAACACAAUAUUAAGUUCAGAAUAAUUCUUGUAUGUGUAUUUUUUCAAUUUCCAAUCUGGAUUUAUGACCUCCUUAAACUCGUGUUGUACGCUUUGCUUCCGUGCGUAAAAAGCAGCUAUCUCUCUCCUGAUUGUUGUUGUUGUAGAUAGUACACGACCCGAGGAGCUCGUGUUGUUAUUGUGGUGACAGAGAAAAGGGAGUGUUGUGCGUGUGAGAGAGAGAGAGAGAGAGAGAGAGAGAGAGAGAGAGAGAGAGAGAGAGAGAGAGAGAGAGAGAGAGAGAGAGAGAGAGAGAGAGAGAGAGAGAUAUCGGGAAAUUAAAAUGGUCUUUCGAUUGAUUCUAACAUAAUAGUACACAACACACACUACGCAAUGGUUACACGACUAUUCAACGUUUGGAUGGGGUACAACAGCAUUAUCGGGUCGUGUCCGAUAAUGGAUGCAGGGGUUUGUACGGGUAUCCAAAGGAGACCUAAAAAUGCAGCUCCGACACUUUUUCGCGCUGACACCGGGAAAGUCCGAUCUCUGUGAUCCCAUGCAGGGUAGACACUCCGAGAGAAAAGACUCCAAACGGUGCGCUCUGCUCGGUGCGCAGCCAAAUUGACUCAGAGGGGAAUCGGGGUGGGGGUUGUGCGUGUGAGUGUGUGUUUGUGUGAUUCUGGGGAGGGUUGGACUUCAGGCAGCCAAUGAGAAAGUCGUGCGAGGUGGCUGCUGUGACCGAGGACCCUGGAGGUUAUAUACUCCACAUCUCACUAUGAAGGUACAUUUAAACUGAAGUGUGGGGUGUGGACAGGCGUGAGAGCGACGAGACAUUUACAGCAGCACCCGGUCGUUUCUCACCAGGGAUAAAUCAGACACCUCGGGCAUCUUCCUCUUUAUUUCUUGGGGAACUUGUUUGGAAACCUUUUAGACAUGUCCAAUGUCCAGUUAUCGUGCAGCGCGCUGGAGAGGCUGGUGGCCAGGAGGACCUUCCCUCUCCACAGGCGCACCAGCGUCUGCCGCAACCUCUUCGGGCCGGUAGACCACGACGAGCUGAGCCGGGAGAUGACAGCCAAGAUGCGGGAGAUUUCCGAGCGCGACCAGCAGAGGUGGAACUUUAAUUUCGAGGGCAACACUCCGCUGGAAGGGGAUUACAAGUGGGAAGAGGUGACCGUGGAUAACACGCCGGAGUUUUACCAGGACUCGGUACAAAACGGCAGGAUCCGGGUGCCCGCGGCGCCCGUCAAGCAGAGGCCCUCCUCGGACUCCGCUGUCCCGGAGACGCCUCUCCCGGACGUGCUGGAGCGCUUGGCCGUGCCCGAGAGCAGCGGCGCUCCGUGCCAGGUGGAGGUCAACCAGGAGAACCGCACGGACAAGAUCAACUCAGGGAGGACGAGUCAUAGACAGGUCCCGUGCCUGAGACGCAAGAGGGCUGCCACUACUGACAACACCACGCACAUCACAGACUUUUUCGUGAAACGAAAGAGGGCUGCUGACAGAAAGCCCAGUGACACGGGUGUGUGCCACCUCUCCAAGUCUCCCAUCCCGGUAGAGCAGACUCCACGGAAGAGGAUCCGUUGAAGGUGUACACUCACACCCCGUUCGUUUUCUUGUUGCACUACUUGCCUGCGCAGUUUUUUUCGUUGAGGAUCGAGGAGGAGGCGAAUAUGGUUGGUCCGCCCCACCCCGGGGACGGUGCGGGAGAAAGGGCGCACGGCCGGGGCUCGACUGCCUCUGCUCGGCUCGGCGCGGCCCACCGGGACCAGACUCUCAGGAUCGCACGGUUUGGGUUCAGGGGGAAGGGAUGAAACAUUUCGCCGAGUGACAUCUAUCCAGUACAAAUGUAGCAUUCAUUAUUGCUUUUGCAUACAGCCACUCGACAGUGUUAAUGUUUUAACAUCUGUGCAAUCCUAAAUGACUUAAAUAAAUAAAAAAUACACUGGCCAAAGUGUACAGCUUUAUAGAGACAAUAGCCUAAAUAAAUGUUUUAUUUCUGUUGUGUUUUUACUCUGUAAAUUUAUAUUUUUAAGACUAUUCUAACUUAUAAUUUAUUUAUGUUUCUUUACAUUGGUCAAAUGCCUUGUUGAUUUAGCCAAAGGGCAUAUUUUUAUUUUAUUUUGUUAUUUACAUUUGUUUCAUUGUGAUGUUUUGCAAUCAUGUAGCUUCCCCAUAGUUCACACUUGAAAAAUAGGUUUUCUUUGUGUUUCUGAGCCGUUUGUUCUCUGUGUUUUGUGUCAUACCUACAAGUGCCCUAAUAAUGUCUUGCAAAAAAAGAUGGGAAUAAAAUAUUUUUCACUUCAAUUCAAA